GGCUGCUUCUCCACAAACGAACAUUGCAAUUGUCCUCGACCUUCGGAGUGCCAUGGGCCAACAGCAUCCUUCAUUGAGCCUUGUCUCAACCAUCACUAGACUUGAGGUGGUUUUGGCAACCCUUCGCAAGCUGGCUAUGACGUUUCGCCAAGGUGACCUAGUCUCAAUCAGCACAUAUCCACCCAGUAACUACAGCAUUGGUCCGGAACUGGUUAGAUCAAUCGGCAAUGAAGAUCAUUUGAAAGGCUUCUUGGGAGCUCUGGACGGGGCAAAAGUCUUCACAACUGCUCUUGCACCAGACAUCACAGAAGGGAUUGUGGAUGGUUUGGACAGUCUGAAGCUCAUGCAACAGGGUGCACCUGCUAAACAGGUAUUCACAGAUGCCGUAGCUACCGCCAAGGCUCAGCAGGAGGUAGCAGAGGCAGAACGUCAGCGGCUGGCCAAUGAGGUGGCAGCCCAAGCUCAGCAGACUGCUGAGGCUGACGCAGCGGCACGAGACAGACGGAAUGCCGCCAGCACGGAGUCCCUGAUUCAAAAUGAGAAUCAGUGGGCAACGUUACUCCAAGGCAUGAUCUUUGUGCCUACGGACGUGCAGGCGGAUCUGACACAGGUGGAGGCAGAGAGAAGUAACCUGGCUACCCUGAUGUUGAGCAUGACGAGGGGAGUAAUGUGGAACAACAAACUGCUGCAGGCACACCUGCGCACGGAACGACAGCAAAGACAAAAACACCAGCAAGACAUGGCCGCUUUAACCGAUGUCGUCCGUGCCGCAGCAACACAGCAGCAGCAACAGCAACAACUGUUGAACUCCACUCUCGUGCGCAUCAACAGCAUUGAGGCUAAGACCUCAGCAGCACCAGGCUGCACGACAGACGCGACGAAGCAGCUCAACGAGCGCAUCGAUCACGUCGUCACUAUAAUUGGCGAACUAGGUGAUUUCACUAGUCCGGCCACAAUCAGCAGCACGAUGGCCGCCAUCAAGACGAGCAUCACCAAACUGCAGACAAGACCGGACGCCGCUACAAAGAAUUACAAGAUGCCGCACUUCGACAUCAGCAAGUUCGACGACUACAACAAGACGGACACCUUGACAUGGUGGCAAAGUUUCCUCACGGAAGCAUCAUGCCGCACUGUCCCGGCUGACAUCAUGAUGAAGGUGCUCUACUUACAACUGAUUGGAGGAGCGCAGGCAUGGAUGAACCAUCUGGCGGCUACCAAGAAAUGCACCAUCGCCAAACUCCACACGCACAUCACGUGGAAAGAGUUCGAGAAGCUAUGGUUCACUCGGUUCAUGGUCCGCAACGUCGUGAAGGCGGCCAUGAACGAGGUGUACACCUGCUCUCAAGGGAGUAUGCCGACUCGAGACUGGACAACCAAGUGGCAAAAGAUAGUGACCACGCCAGGCUUCGAUUUGAGUUUUCCUAACCAACGAUCCGAGUUCUUCUCGCGAUCAUGCGCAGGACUGCGAAACGCACUCGGCAACGAGUACGAUUACGCCUCAUUCCAGGCCAUCCUGGAUCGUGCGAACUUGGUCAUCCAAACGGAUGACAAGGCCGCAAACGAACGGCAGUCCCAGCCACAUUAUGUGGCUAAGCAGGGCUAUCAACGACCGGCACAUAACAAUGCCGUGAUUUCUGAAGAAACAGUCGAUCUCCACGCUGCAGCAGCAUCCUCGAGUGAUGGAGGAAUUAUAGCAGCACUCCCGCCGAAGCAUCCCAAGAGAGUUCGGAAGAACAAGGCGACACAAGAGACGGCAUCAACGGGAACUGGGCAGCAGCCAUGGACGACAUACAAGAUAACCAAGGAAGUCUAUGACCUUCGUCAACGGUACGGAUAUUGCCUUUGGUGCAAUGGAGUCACUCACUUGACCGCACAAUGCCCCGAAAAGGGCAAGGCACGCGUACCCCUGUUGGAACAGUGUCACGAGGACAAUUGGCAUCCGGUCGAGUAUUUCUCCCAAAAGGUGCCUCUCGUCAACACUCUCGACGACGCUAGGAAGAAAGAGCUACUCGCGUUCGUCACCGUUCUCAAACGAUGGUGCCACUUUCUUCUCGGCCGUCGGCGUUUUAAAUGGAAUACGGACAACAAUCCGUUGACCUUUUACAAAACGCAGGAUACGGUCACUAGCACGAUCGGUCGAUGGAUGUAUUACAUCGACCAGUUCGACUUUGACCCGUGCCACAUUCCCGGUCUCGCCAAUCGAGCUGCGGACGCCCUCUCACGACGGCCUGAUUUUUGUGCCAUUGUGACCAUGGCAUUCGACCUCGAUGACGAUCUGCAGCCGCAUUUCGUCAAAGGCUACAAGUCCGAUCCGACUUACUCUACGCUUUACGCGGAGCUUUCAUCGGAUCACCCGCCGGCUAGCCACUAUCGGAUUUCCGAUGGGUUCCUUCUCCUUCACACGAGAGGAAAGGACAUGUUAGUUGUGCCCCAAGAUUGCAUCUUAUGGACUCGUCUUCUCGGCGAAUUCCACGACGCACGACUUUCGGCACACCUUGCGCCUGAGCUCGCACGACUCUUGCACACCGGUUGGAUUACCAACCAGGGUGUUCCGGAAGACAUUGUGAGCGACCGAGAUACUCGCUUCAUGUCAGCUUUUUGGACUUCCCUUAUGGCUGAGUCCGGUACGACAAUGAAGCCGAGCUCGGCUCAGCACCUGCAGACGGAUGGCCAGACGGAGCGAGCACACCAAACCGCUCAGAUGAUGUUGCGUACGCUCAUCCGUCCCAACCAGAAAGAUUGGGUUGACCGGCUUCCCGACAUCGAGUUCGCCUAUAACACUUCGGUGCACCCGGCGAUCUGCGUCACACCAUUCGAGCUACAUCAUGGUGGAGAGAAAGCACGAAUCUUCGCUGAUCUCCUUCUGCCACAGGCCGCCGACAUAGACGUCCCUUGCUCUCCCGCUUCCGUUCGGAAGUACCGGGACUUGCUUAUCAAAGCCCGCACGACUAUGCAAAAGGCUCAAAUCCGCAUGCAACAGCAAGCUAACCGACGUCGACUUCCAUGUCCUUUCCGCGAGGGAGACCUUGUUUGGGUCCUCUCUGAGGAAUUUGCGCUCGAGCAGGACGUUUCGCGCAAACUCCUUCCGAAAUGGUUCGGACCAUGGGAAGUCACUUCUGCCGUUGGAGACGACCCCGCAGGUCCUUCCUUUGUGGUCAUCAUUUCUCCGCACAUUACAGUGCACCGGGUCUUCCACGCGUCGAAGCUGGCCAUCUACACGCCACCUUCUGCCGACGAGUUCCCCGGCCGUCGAUCACAGGAUCCGCCUUCUAUGGACGGACAUCAGGAAGUUGAACGAGUCAUCACGCUCCGCAAGUAUGGCAACAAGCCAAUGCAGUUCAAAGUCACAUUCAAGCAAUGUGCGCCUGACGACACUCGGUGGAUCUCUAGUGCAGACUUGCAGACUUCUGCACCCCUUACCUUCGCCGAGUAUGAGAAGCGACGCUUUGCCAAGGAAGCAGUUCGUCCCGCUCGACCCAUCCCGGUAUCGAACAGACAACUCCGCCCUCGCAGAGUAGGCACGAGGGGUGGUACGACUACCAAGCCUUACACAGCAGAACAGGAGGCGAAAGCCGCCGCCCUCCUGAAAGAGAGAAGAGAGAAGAAGGAGGCCAAGAAGAAGGCCCUGAUGGAGGAACAGGCGGCGAAGUUGAAGAAGAUUGAGGAGGAGAUGGCCAGAGAAAAAGAGAGGCUAAAGAGAGAAGAAGAAGAGAAGCUCAAGGCGGUAGAAGAGGAGGAAGAGGUAGAAGAACAGCCACUGGAAAGGCGAAGGGAAGGAGGAAGAGGAGAAUCCAGUGGUAUAAAAGAAGAUCAGUUGGAGAAGAAAAUCACAGAGUGGGUUGCUGGUCUAUCCCUGGGAGAAGAAGAGGAGGCACUAAUGUAUGUGCCCAGGGAAGAACAAGGGGCGGCCAUGAGAGAGUGGGAUGCAGAAGAAGACCCACUUAAGCGCCAGGCCAUAGAAGAUGAGAAGAGGAUGGAGUGGAAGUUUCGAUUAACAAGGGAGAGGAAAAGAAGAAUGGAGGCGGCGAGCCAGGCGGCGAAAGAAUCAGAGGAGGUGAAGAAACAAAGAGAGCAAAUGGCGACGCAAGUGGAUCUAUUGGGGAAGAUGGAGAUAAUGGCGAGGAACAAAGAGCGUCUGGCAUAGGUCCAGGAAGAACAAUACUUGUUUGGUAGAGGUCAGGACAUUGUUGUACGCUCUG